AUGUCAUACAUCAAAACUUUCGGCCGAGUCAGGCCGUCGGCGAAAGGGACAACUACGUCGGCGCUCGUCUCAACCGACAAGACAGUGAAGGUCGAGACGGAGAAUGGUCAGAAGACGUAUGAGCUGCACAGAAUCUUCAAGCAUGAUUCAACACAAGAAGAAGUGUUUCAAUGUGUGUCGAAGAAGAUUGUGGAAGACAGUGUUGAUGGAUUCAAUGGGACCGUUUUUGCAUAUGGGCAGACUGGAUCCGGAAAGACCCACACGAUGCUGGGACCGUGCAACUCGUGGUCUGAUCCCGAUCAAAAAGGCUUGAUUCCUCGAUCAAUCGAAUAUCUCUUCGAACUUUUGGAUGCCAAAGCUCGAGACUGUCAGAAAUUCACAUUCUCCGUCGAUGUUGAAUUUGUCGAGUUGUACAAUGAAGAUAUUUUUGAUUUGUUGAAUGCCAAGAACAAAGUUCAGUUGAGAGAUUUGGGAGAAAGGAUUCAGCUGGAUGGAGCUAAGGUGGAGACUGUGGAUAACUCCCUCGACUUGAUGCAUGUGGUUCAACGAGCUUGGCAAGCGAGAAGUGUCGGAGUAACGGCAAUGAAUAAUGAAUCCUCGAGAUCUCAUGCUCUUCUUAUCAUCAAGAUCAAAACGAAAGAAGUGACUGGCGAAUUCGUCAAGGAUCGAUUUGCGACGUUGAAUCUUGUCGAUCUCGCUGGAUCGGAACGCCAAUCACAUACCAAGGCUACAGGAGAUCGACUGAAAGAGGCAACAAAUAUCAACUCUUCUCUCACUGUGCUGGGUCGUUGCAUCCGUAUUCUCUCGAAACCAUCAGGUGUCUCGACAUAUGUGCCAUAUCGUGAUUCACAUCUAACUCAUAUUCUAAAAAACUCACUUGGAGGAAACUCGAAGACAGCUGUCAUAGUCAACAUGCAUCCUGAUAAAGAGUUUCUCGCGGAAAGUUCAUCAACUCUUCUGUUCGCCCAGUCGUGUACACUUAUCAAGAAUGCUGUCCAUCGAAACGAAGUGAUGACUGGAGAUCAAGAAAACAGCUACAAGAAGGCGAUCCAGGAGUUGAGACGCCAAGUUGAUGAAGCACCCGCGAAAGCACGAGAGGAGUACGCGAAGAAACUGAAGGUUUCAGAAGAGGCUCAGCAUCGUCUGAUCCUUGAAAAUGAUUCUCUGAAGAAAGACAACAGCGAAUUGCGUGGAAACUAUAAUUUGGCUCUUCUGAAAUACUUGAGUAAUAACUGUACUGCUGAAGUUAUCGAUGAGUUGAAGGUUCUUCUUUCUAGUGCGAAUCAUAAUCAGUCGAUUGUGGAGCCGGGUACUCAAGAUCUACUUGCGAAGAAUACAACGCUCAAAUUGGAACGUGAGGCUAGUGAGAAACGAUGCCAACAACUACAACGUGAGCUGGAAGAACUUCGCAGCAAGUAUUGUGACAGUCUUGACACUACUCUUCUCCUUCAAACUCCUAACGCUAAAGGACGUCGAAGCAGCUCGAGACCAAAGAGAAGGGAAACGCAAUACAUGCCUUCACCUUCUCGUAUGGCAAUGCUCAACGAAGAAGAAGACGAAGAGACCGCAGAAAUUAUAAAGGCCAAGCUAGAGUGCAACGUGCUGUCAUUGCGAAACGAGUUAGAGAACGAGAAAGAGAGAGCGUACACGGCGCAGAAAAAAUACGACGACAUAAAAUGUGAUCUCAACAGAAAAGAAACUGAGUAUGAGAGAGUCAUCGUGGAAAAGGAUGAAGAGAUUUCGGAAUUGGAGAACAAGGUUCGAAAUAAUGGAGAAACUUUGGAAAGACUGCUGCAAACAAUGUCUGAAGUGGAGAGGGCCAAAGCUCAACUUGAAUCCACCAUAAAAGUGAAUCAAGAUAAACAUGAAGCAGAGAUGGAAGCCAUGAGAAAUGAUUACAAGUCUCAAGUCAUCGAUCUUGAAGCGCAACUGUCAGAGUCAAAGAAUGAUUCACAGCGACUUGCUAUUACGAAGGAAGAGAUCAAUGCUAAACUUCAAGAAGAACUCGAUUCUUCCACUCGGUCGUACAACAAUCUCGAGAACAAGCUGCAAAUUCUUUCAGACGAGAACACUUCAUUGAAACGAGAGCUUGCGGAAAAAUCUGAACUGGCCGCGACAGUCGAAGAGAUUUCAAGCGAGAAAUCGAAGGAAGCUGUUAGCCUUCAGAAAGAACUCGACAACAAAAUGAAAGAGAUCUUGCGCAUUAAGAAAGAUGCGGAAGAGAAGGAUAAGACCGUCAAAGAUCUUCAGAAAGACAUUGCAGUCAACGCGAAAGCAACUGUCCUUCUCCAAGCAGACAUCGAUGCCAAAACACAGCAAAUUUCGGGAAUCCAACAGGACCUCGGCGAAGUUGCGAAGAAAAAUGCUGCACUUCUCGUUGAGCUGACCACAAAAUCCACGCUCAUAUCUUCUCUCGAGCAAGAAGUCGCUAAGAAAGCCAAAGCUGUCUCCGAAUUGGAGAAACAACUCGAUCAAAACGUUGAUGCCCUCGCUGAUUGCAAAACCAUCAAACGUCGUUAUGAGGAAUCACUUGAAAAUGAGAAACACUCGAAGAAAGCAUACGAAGACCUGAAAAACUCGAUGAAUGACAUCUUCCUAAACCACCAAAAAGAUGUCAAACUUGUCAAAGCUAAAAAGGAUCAAGAAAUCGAAUCUAUUCAACGUUCUUUAGACUGUACUUCGAAACUCCUGAAAGAUCAAGAAAAAAAUUACAAGAAGGAGAAAAGUGAACUUCAGCAAAAGUUUGAUCAGAAAGUUGGCGAAAUGGACAAGCGAUUCAAAGAGAUGCAUAUGGAAAGUCUGAAGACACAAGAGGAAAAGAUAAAAAGGGAGAGUAUGAACGUGAUGGAGUCUACUAUGUUGGUGAAAGAAAAUAAGAUUCGGGAGCUGGAGGAGAGGUGCAAUUACUUCGAGAAGCAACACGAAGAAGAUACCGAGGCAAUCAACUCCAAAUUAGGAUUAAAGUCGCAAAAGAUGAGUUACGUCGACAAGAUUCGCCGAGAAAAAGCCGACAUGGAGAGUACCAUUUCGCAACUGCGAUCAGAGGUCGCACGGCUCUCGAAGCAAAAUCGGGAACCCCCUAGAGUUCUCCGUAGCCGUAACAUUCAGCAAUGA